AUGGAUCUGUAUGCGCAAAAUGAGACCUCUACUUCCCCGGAGUGCGUCGGAGCGCAGACUGGCGUGCAGCACAGCGGAGCCGGUAACGGGAGUUUGGAGCCAUCAAACAUCACCUGCAACGCCGUCACACUCGUACCCCGGCGCACGAGGCAGAGAGAUGAGGACCACACGCUGCAGAUCCUGCUCUACUCGCUCAUCUUCUUCCUGAGCGUAUUCGGCAACCUGCUGAUCAUUGUGGUGCUGACUGUCAACAAGCGCAUGCGCACCGUGACCAACACCUUCCUGCUGUCGCUCGCCAUCAGUGACCUGAUGAUGGCCGUCUUCUGCAUGCCUUUCAACCUCAUCCCCAACAUCCUCAAGGACUUCAUCUUUGGAGCAGCCAUGUGCAAGAUCGUGUCCUACCUCAUGGGCAUAUCAGUGAGCAUCUCCACGUUUAGCUUGGUUGCCAUAGCGAUUGAGCGCUACAGCGCCAUCUGUAAUCCCUUGAAGUCACGGGUAUGGCAAACACGUUCCCAUGCCUAUCGGGUGAUUGCGGCUACGUGGGUGCUGGCCUUCAUCAUCAUGAUCCCAUAUCCAAUCAUCAGUCACCUGGAGUCUUUUCAGCGCCGUGACAACACCACAGGGCACCAGUGUCGACACAAGUGGCCCCUUGCAAUGGCAGAGCAGACCUGGUACAUUCUGCUUCUGCUUGUUCUCUUCGCAAUCCCAGGAGUGGUGAUGAUUGUGGCUUAUGGGCUGAUCUCCAGGGAACUUUAUAGAGGCAUCCAGUUUGAGAUGGGCCACAAAAAAGACUCAGCUGAUGUGAAGAACGGCCUGACCUCCACUGUGUCUACUGGCAGUGAUGAUGGAGAUGGUUGCUACGUUAAUGUCGUCCAGAGGCCGCACUCGAUGGAGAUGUCCACUAUGGCUGCAUCAGGCAGGUCUAUCAAGGCCGAGCGGCCACGCAGCAACACAUCUGAGGCCAAACUGGAGGCCAAGAAGCGAGUCAUUCGCAUGCUGGUGGUCAUUGUUGUCCUGUUCUUCCUCUGCUGGAUGCCGGUGUACUGUGCCAACACCUGGCGGGCUUUUGACGACAGGUCCGCCAAAAAUGCCCUGUCAGGGGCCCCCAUCGCUUUCAUCCAUUUGUUGUGCUACACCUCUGCCUGCGUCAACCCGAUUAUUUACUGCUUCAUGAACACACGUUUCCGUAAAGCUCUGCUCACCACGUUCUCAUGCUGUGCUGCGCCUUGCCAUCGCCGUCGUCGUGGCGGGCUACGGGACAACGAGGAGGAUGUUAUGGCAACGGGAGCGUCCAUGUCCAAGUUCAGUUACACUACAGUCAGCACCAUGGGAACCUGCUGAGCCAGAUGGAUGCAGGCACCAGGAAAGACAGUUACUACGGCAACACAGCACCCCACAUCCUUGUCUUUAGGCCAACUCUGCACUCAUAGUGACUGUGACGUGGAGUGGAAAAACAGGCCAUAUAAUGUAGCAGUAUAAAAGCUUCAUGUAUGACUGUGACUAAACUUAUGUAGGUAAUAUUUAAUGAAACCAAGUCUUACAGUGUAAAUACUAGCAUAGCUAUACUGAAAAAAGCACAAAAAACAUAGUAGACAGUUAUCUGUUGUCACAGUGGACCAAUGCCUUUAUGGCAGGGCGUGCGCGUGUGUGUAUUACUAGUGCGGAGGAUAUGAGUAGUGGUGAGCUGUAUGAUAUGUGAGGGAGGCAAUCUUG